CUAUAUUGCACUCUAUAUGCUGUUGCACACUACGGCGCUAAUGCAGCACCUCAUCUCCUCCUCGCACUUCCAUGUCGGCUUUUCUGUUGCCAUGUACCUGUGUACGCGACGGAACACCAACUGACAGUCACUUUUGUCCGUGGGCGCUCACCCGCCUUCAGGUCUUGGGGUACUUGCAGAGUAUAUGUACUUCGUACACGACACCGUUAAGCUUCUCGUAUCCGCCGUCCCCCCUUGCUCCGAAGACGCCACCCUCAAACGACGUUACCCCCUUCGUCUAUAAGGCUGGUUGGCAUAGUAUAUGAACUGCCCACAAACAGCAAUGCCAGCUCAAAUUCCAGUCCACCUCCUCCUUGCAUUGCCUGGAUCUGGUCAAACCCAUUGUUGUCGCGCAAUCAAUCCCUUGGCCCCUUCCACUCUGUCCGUCGGUACCGCUGCCCUUGGUUCCACAAUCGACAUGUCUAUCCUACUUUCCCACCCACCUCGUGUAGCUUGGCUUGAAAUGCUUUCCUAUGUGCGUCAGAGAUUUUUUUUCUCUUUUCUCAGCUUUUUCCUUCACGUCUCUUCCUUACACCAUCUACGGACAAAUCUUAGAUCCUAAGUCCGCCUGUGAGCUCUUCGACUGCCCGAUAAGGUGGCAAGCAAGGGCAAUGAUUCCUCCGCGAUACUAAUUGUCCCAUCGCCCGCCCCGCCUUCCACUUCUUUCGUCCCGGGUUCCGGACUCGACUGAGGUUUUCACGAUGCAUCCAACUGCGACAACCUUUGCAAUCAAUUGAUCCCAAGACCCGCAAGCAUGCGUUCGCGCCCUGCUCAGCCAAGCAUCACCAACACCCUCAGCUUGCAAACUUUUCGUAAUUUUUACAUUCUCACACCGCGUCCCAAACAAAUGACUGAAGGAAUAGCACAAUUCCAGUCAUAUCAAAGCCACCAGAGUGUCUAUACGACAAUUGGAUGGUUGUUUGCAGCCGAAACUCGCUAACAAGCUGCACACGUUUGGCGGGGGAAAACACGUCCCUCACAGUCGUAUUCUCCAGUGCCUCGAUUCGGCACGUGGGUGUCAAGCCGAUCACUGCAUGUGAUAAUGUGUUCAAUGAUGUGAUUUGCAAUGGCGGCACUGUAUUAACACGUAUUCCCAAAUGCAAAAGACACCCACGAUGCUGAAGAAUCAAAACUUUGCAUAUCGUUGC